ACUUCCUUUGUUUGGAUUUGUUUUCCUUGAAGUUUAUUCGCUUGUGUACGUGUUUUAAUUUGACUUCGUCAAGUUUCUCUUGAAUUUAUUAAUAUUGAGGCCCUUAUGCAAUAUGCUCCUUGGAUCUUCAGUCCCUGAUAUUGAUAUCAAUCGGGUUUAUUUCAGUAAAACAUAAUAGUUCGUGACCGUCGGUUCUGGGUACCAUGUACUAAUAAAACCUUCGACAAAGGCUUUGUAUAUAUUAUAAUAAAUAUAACUGUUGAAUUGUGCAGUAAUGAUUAGACCAAGUAGAACCGCCAAGAGUGAGAAGAGGUGCCUAUCGCCUGAUCCACUUGCCACUGUUGAUACCGGUAACAGCAGUUCAGAGCCAGAGAAGAAAAGAACCCGUGUAAAGAAGACCCCUAUUAACAAAUGUCCUGUCUGCAGCUUGGCAGCGGCUGAAGUUGAAGCAAACUACACCAUGCGUGUAGCAGCAACGACGGAUGCCACUGCUAGUCAACCUCAGAGCCUCACCACCUUGACAAAGGGUAAAAGGGUGAGAGAUGCAGACAGGACGACGAGGUACUCCGUCCAGAAAAAUUUAAAGAUAAAGCGGGCGGAGCAAGAUAUCGUGAUUGGGAGACCAGGUGUGAUCCCAGAGGCUCAAAACCUCAACGAUCCAGUUUCUGCAUUCGACUACUUUGUCACAGUUGAUAUCCAGAAAAAGGUGAUUUCCUUCACCAACAAGCGGAUAGCGGCAACAUUGAAACGGCAAGCUUCAAGUGAGAACACGGACGGUUCUGAUAACGAAGGAGAGGAAGAAAUUGGAGGAGAGGAAGACGAUAGGGGGAUUGGAACGUGGAUAGAUGCAGACCCUGAAGAUAGAGAGCCAGAAGAAGAAGAAGAUCUGGAAGAGGUAGAACGGAUACAUGCGGAUCUGGAGAUAGAGGAAGACUACGUCCUCACUGAAGACGACCGGGUUGCUGAAGCCGGCUGCCAGAAGUUGAAAAAAUUCAUCACCCUAGAGGAGUUCAGAGCUUUUCUUGGUCUAUGGUUAAUGAGGGGGCUUUAUUCACAGGCUAAUACAAAGCUCAGCAACCUGUAUCAGUCUGAUCACCUGCCUGUAUUUUCAGCUGUAUUGCCGAUAAACAGAUUCAAAUGGAUACUACGCCACCUUUCUUUUGACGGGUGUGUUAACAGCGAGGAGAGAUCUUCUGUUGCUUUCUUCUCGCAUAUAAUGGAUACCACCAGAGUCAACGUACAGAAUUUGGUGACACUCAAUAACGGCGGAAACCCUCGCCUAGCUGACAGUUUUGCAUUCGGGAAGAAGUUGGCAAUGGGGCUCAUCAACCCGUACCUGGAGAAGAAAGGAACAGCAGGUCUAACUCCUGUCAACCUGGUGAAAAUGUAUCUGGUUACGAAAGACAACAGAUACCUGAUGGCAGCAACCAAGGAGUCCUCGGCACCCUCCCACUCCGAUGAUAUUUUACCCUUCAAGGGACAAAGUAGCCAGACACCAGCACGUUGUGGUUCCUGUAUUGUCGACCUUAGGGACAUAAAUGAAGCUGCAGGGCGGUACAGAGGAAAAAACAGCCUGACCAAGUCGUCAGGAUUGUGCGAGAAAUGUGGGGUAGUGAAAUGCACUAAAAAGCACUUGGUCAAGCUCUGUAUUUCAUGUUUUAAAUCUCUAUAAUACGUCAAGUCUGUUAUCAUAACCUUACAUUUAAUCAGCAUGCAUAAUAACAUUGUCUGUGUUAUCUUUCGACAAUAGGUUUUAUCUAACUGUCUGUUAAUUCAAGUUUUAUUUUUAUUUACUUUUACAGAAUCCUGAAAGCAAUCAUUUUAUUUAAUUAUCACAUUAUAUCUACCUAGAAUUGGAAAAAAGUAUUAUUUUCAAAUUCGUACAAAGGUGGACUACUAGAACUCAGCCCAAGUAAAUCUAAUUACACAUCCACACCUAUUGAUAGACCUACACGCAUCUUAGAAAGCUAAAUAAACAUCAUUAGGGUAUGAUAUCUUUGAUUUGUCGCCAAAUUAUCGUUGACCAGUAAAUCUAAUUAGGAGGUAGAGCCUUAUAAUCAAAUGGCAACUUGGUCGUUUAGCUCCGGACAGUCUAUGCAACGUCUAUGCAACGUCCAUGCCUAAGAUGAGAAGUACGAAUGAGUCGGACUUUUCAAUUUACUCGUAUCGUACGUACUUUUCAAUUCUACUGAAAAGUUCUCCUUCUAGAAAUCGAUGGAAGAGUUCUAAAUCGCAUGUUACGGCCUAAUAUUGAGCGUUUUCAAAAACUUUCUAACUUUAAGAGAAAUUGAGAAUUGUGUGUUUAAUUUGUUCGCGAACGGUAUAUUUUCUCUAACAUCGGCAAAUAAUUACAUUUUACACGAUGAUAAUAAUUC